CGCAGUUCUUCACUGUGUUUGCGCGCUGCGCCUCCGUUCAUCCAGAGCUGCGUCCCGACGGGCCCCAGGCGGGAAGUGGAGACAGACGGGCCACAAGAAGUCAGCGUCCCUCUUUGAUCAGUAGAAAUUAUAUUCUGAAACAAUGGAUGACUGAAAAAUAAGAAAUAUUGACAGAAUUACCCAGAGGAACUUCGCUGUAAUCCGUCUCUCACGUCGGGUCUUUUUUUUUUUUUCUUGGCUAAAGGAGGAAACUUUAUGUCCGGAUUUUCCAUUGGCUGGGGAUUGUAUAUUUCUUUUUGAUAUAUAUAUAUACAGAGAGCAAUUUUUAAAACUAAAAUUCAGUUUUAGAUAUUUUUUUGUUCUCUGAAGACUUGUUUUGGGGAUGUUGAGCUCUGUGAAGAUGGAAGCGCACGAUUUACCAGAGUGGAAUACCUUUUACAGCGAGACCAGCGAGAUGUAUUCCUCUCCCAGCACCAUGAACUCUGGUCUGGGCUCCAUGAGCUCCAUGGGCUCCAUCAACAGCUACAUCAACCUGAACCCGGCCACAGCCUCUCCGGCCGGCAUGAACAUGGCCUAUCCCAGCUCCAGCCUCAGCAGCUCUUCUCUAGCUACAAUGGGCACUGGGCCCAGUCACAUGUCUCUGUCCCCGGUGGCGUCUUCCCUCAGCUCCAGCACCCUAACUCAACUGGGCUCCACUGCUCCGGCCUCCCUGGGCUCUUUGUCCCACUACCAGAACAUGAGCCAGUCCAUGAGCCAGCUGGGCUACACCUCUGCUGGCUCCCUGAGCCGGGCCGGGCCCAAGGAGAUCCCCCCUAAGCCCUACCGGCGCUCCCUGACCCACGCCAAGCCGCCGUACUCCUACAUCUCACUCAUCACCAUGGCCAUCCAGCAGAGCGGCAGCAAGAUGCUCACCCUGAACGAGAUCUACCAGUGGAUCAUGGACCUGUUCCCUUACUACCGCGAGAACCAGCAGCGUUGGCAGAACUCCAUCCGCCACUCGCUCUCCUUCAACGACUGCUUCGUGAAGGUGGCCCGCUCGCCGGACAAGCCGGGCAAAGGCUCCUACUGGACUCUGCACCCGCAGUCGGGCAACAUGUUCGAGAACGGCUGCUACCUGAGGCGCCAGAAACGCUUCAAGAUCGAGGACAAGGCGUCCAAGAAGGGAGCCAAGAGCCAGGAGGGGGGCUCGGGGAAAGGAGGCCCCGGUGGAGACCACCUGGGGGAGGAUCACAGCCCGGCAGGUGGGUCAGAGGGAGCGGACUCCGCCCACUCAGACAACUCCCACCCGAGCUCUUCGGACGACCAGCCUCAUCAGAGAAACACCCUGGUUUCUCUAGACUGCUCCCAGCUGUCCUCCUCACACCUCCACAGCCCGCCUUCCUCCUCCACCUCCUCCUCCAUCCCCCCAUCCUCCCUCUCCCUCUCUGGCACCUCCCCCUCCUCCCUCUCCAUCCUCCAGCCCCAGAGCUUGGCCGGCAGCUCCCACCUCCUGCCCAGCGCCAUGCAGCAGCACAUGGACCUACAGAGCGACGCCCUCAAAUCGCUGGACCCCCACUACAACUUCAACCACCCCUUCUCCAUCACCAACCUCAUGUCCAACGAGCAGAAGAUGGACCUGAAGUCCUACCAGGACCAGGUGAUGGCCUACAACAGCUACGCCAGCGGCUCGCCGGUGGGAGUGAGGCAGAUCUAUGACAGCCCCAGCCCGGCUGCCAUGGACUCUGGAGCUUACUACCAACCACUGUACAACCGCUCGGUGCUCAACGCCUCCUAAUAUGGACACACACACACACACGCACACACACACACACACGCCUUCCUGCCGAGGCCAGGCAAGAUGGAGGCUUCUGCUUCUAAAAUGGACACCGAGGCUCUGGUUCUCUUCCUCUUUAUCCUUCACUCUCUCUGGCUCGUGUUCAGUCGUCUUUGCAGGACUUUCACCUGAAACGGCCGCUGCGUUUGAGGAACCAAAAAAAAGAAAUAAAAAAAAAAAAGAAACUGUUUGCUUUUAUCAAAGAAGGAGACUGUGUGGUUACACGAGAGCCGGAUGAUGGGACGUUGUGCAGCCGAUGAAGAAGAUGCGUCUGCGUGUUUGUCCCAUACUGUCUUUGCAGGCCGACAAUUAAACCUGUAUACAAUGUAAAUAGAGGGAAUGUGCGGGGGUGGGGGGUGGGGGAGGGGGGUGGUUUGCAUUUAUUUAUGAAGGGAAUAAAUUUUAAUAUAUCUUAUGAAGUCGAGCCGGUUACAACCCAAACUUCAAUUUUGUUUUUGCAGAGAAAAAGGACGAGUUUCAGGUUACUGCUUCAGGCGACAGGGAGACAGUCCAGCUUUGUGUUACAGCGGUUUUUGGUCAUUUCUUAUUAUUAUUACUACUUUUAAACAAGAAUCUAUCAUUUCUGUCACAUCAGGAAAUACAAAAAAAUUGAUGCAACAAACUCUGAAGCCCUGACAGAACGAAACAAAGCAACUGUGGUUAAA